AUGAAAUUCACUCUCGUUGUCGUCCUUGCCCUGGGGGCCUUCGCAGCAGCUGAAGAUAGUGAUAAUACAAUGGAGAUCGCGAUAGGUUUCGUGAAGGAUUGCAAAGGAGAUUACAUCCUGUGUGUUAAGGAAAAAUUGCUGAAAAUUGUUGACAAUCUAAGAACAUCUAGGAGUAUUACGAUCGCGGAAGGUGUUGUAUUAAAGGGAGAACCUGACAUGCGGUCACCUAAGAAGCUUGAUGCUCUACCAGUGGACCCUACAGCAAGGAAUGCUGAAGUUAAUUACAGACUCGUAGAUGGAGUUGUCAACUUAUUUGAAACACACGCUAUUGAGGUAAAAAUGAACCCCGCGGAUAAAGAAUCUGUACAAAGAUCUCUCGAGGAAGGUCGUGGAAAGAAAAAAGGAGGUGGAAUGGGCGGUAUCAUUGGACUCCUAGCGGCCAAGGUUCUUCUCGGAAAACUGUUCAUCGUCAAGCUGAUAGCUCUGAAGGCUUUAGCGGUAGCCAAGAUCGCCUUGGUCCUUGGCGUCAUCCUUUUAGUAGCAUGGUGUAUGAAACAAGAUCAUACGAAGACAACUUACGAAGUUGUAGCUCAUCCCCAUCAUCACGAAUCCCAUCAUCCCGCUCACGUGGAGCACAUCUCGCAUGACUCCGGUCAUGGAAGUGGAUUCUCUGGCUACGGUUCAGACUGGAGCAAGAACCUCGAAGAGUCCCAGAACCUAGCUUACAGCGCCUACUCACCACACAGGAAGUAG